AUGGCCCGCGAAACUUAUACCCGUCAGUCUCUGGGGGCGACUCAGCGGCUAGUUAAAGAGUCCCGGGUUCUUCUUGUCGGCGCAGGUGGCAUCGGCUGCGAGCUGCUCAAGAAUCUGGUGCUCACGGGCUUUGGCGAAAUACACGUCAUAGACCUUGACACCAUCGACCUGAGCAACCUGAACCGUCAGUUCCUGUUUCGUCACGAACACAUCAAGAAGCCGAAGGCGCUCGUCGCAAAGGAAGUAGCCGGCAAAUUCAAUCCUAAUGUCAAACUCGUCGCAUACCAUGCAAAUAUCAAAGACAAGCGAUUCAACUUGGAAUGGUUCUCCGGGUUCAAUCUGGUAUUUAACGCGCUGGACAAUAUGGACGCUAGACGGCACGUCAACAAAAUGUGCUUGACGGUUGACGUCCCGCUGAUUGAGUCUGGCACUACUGGCUUCAAAGGUCAGGUGCAGGUGAUCAAGAAAGGCAAGUUCGCUUGCUACGAUUGCACGCAGAAACCGACAGCCAUCUCAUAUCCCGUUUGCACGAUACGAUCUACACCCAGCCAGCCGAUCCAUUGUAUCGUGUGGGCCAAGAGCUAUCUCCUGCCCGAAUUGUUUGGUGUGAGCGAAGACGACACCCCCGAGAUGGACACGUCGGCGGAUUCAGAUAAUGCGGAAGAGAUCAAGAAGCUGCAAGAAGAGGCUCAAGCGCUGAAGACGAUCCGAGCUUCAAUGGGCUCCAACGAUUUUGCAAAGCAGGUGUUUGACAAAGUGUUCAAGGAAGAUAUCGAGCGCCUGAGGAAGAUGGAGGAUAUGUGGAAGGACAAACAACCCCCUGAACCACUGUCUUACGAUACACUUGAGCAGGAAGUCGCAAAGGUCGACCUUUUUACAAUCACGAACGGGCAGCGCGUCUGGUCUGCUGCGGAGAACUUCGUCGUGCUGAAAGAUAGUUUGGACAGAUUAGCGUUACGCUUAGCACAAGACCAAGCAGCGGCAUCAAAAUCGGGUUCACCACAGCCUUCAAUCUCCUUCGACAAAGAUGACGAUGACACGAUGGACUUUGUUGCCGCAGCAGGUAACCUCCGAGCAAUCAUAUUCGGCAUCGAGCCCAAGUCGAAAUUCGACAUCAAACAGAUGGCAGGCAAUAUCAUUCCUGCAAUCGCCACGACGAAUGCCAUGGUUGGCGGGUUAUGCGUGAUGGAGGCUUUCAAGGUCUUGAAAGGAGAUUUCGCCCGGACGCGUUUCUUGUGGGUAUCCAAUGGCGCGUUGGCCACGGACAAGCUGGACGAGCCCAACCCCGAAUGCCCCGUUUGCAGUGUGGCCAUGGUUCGAGCACGCGUCGACUUGGAAAACGCCACGCUAGGAAACCUGGUGCAAAAUAUUUUACGAACAAGACUGGGCUAUGGCGAAGAAAUCACCGUCAUGAAUUCGGCGGGUAUCGUCUACGACCCGGACCUCGAGGACAACCUGGAAAAAAAGCUUUGCGAACUAGAUAUCAGUGAGGGUAGCUUCGUGGUGGUCAAAGAUGAAGAGGAUGACGAUCCCCGAGUCGAUCUGCACCUGGCCAUCGAAGCGAAGAAACCAGAAGACGGAGAAAGCCCCAUCGUAUUGGUCGACAAGGAGGGUCAGACGUUCGAGGUACCGAAGAGGCCGAAGAAGAAGUCCGGAGCCGACGGCGAAAAGGCAGACCAAGACGAAGACGAGGAUGGUUUGGUCAUGAUGAACGGCGAUGCAAACACAGCACCUGCCACAGGCAAGCGGAAGCGACCGAUCGAAGACGGCGCAGAAGACGGCGCCAACCCAGCGAAGAAAUUACAAGGUCCAAAGAGUGACCAAGUUGCGCAAAAUUCAGCGGCACAAGCUAUUGUGAUUGACGAGGACAAUGGAGCGUUCGUGAUUGCGGAUGAUGAUUGA